AUGCGAGCUUUCCUGAAGAGCUCGGAGGGCUGUUUCCAGCUGAAAUCCUACACCACGACCAUCGGGAGCCACAGAGGGGCCGACAUCGUCCUGCGGUCUGCAGGGGUAGCAGAUCGCCAUGCAGCCCUGGAGUUCUCCGCCUCAGACAACAGCUUCAUCCUUCAGGACUUCAACUCCCCCCACGGCACCUUUGUCAACAGCUGCCAGGUCCAGAACGCGGCUGUCAGGGUGAGGCCGGGGGACAUCCUGAGCUUCGGCACCGCGGGAGCGUCCUUUGAGCUGGUGCUGGAUGGGGCUGCCCAGGUGUCCUGUCUGCCUUUGAAACAUCGCAUGGGAUGGAGUGGGCAGCUCCAGGUGGUUGCAGAGCCCAAACCCUGGACUCCUACAUCUCCUCUGUGCCUGCCCUCGGUGCAGGGGCAGCUUCCCCCUGACUCCCGGGGCAGUGGGGCCCCCAGAGCCCCUGGCCAUGUGCCCCAUCUGGUGCUGCCAAGGCGACCUGCGAGUGCCUGGGACAGGAGCGCAGCCAGUGCCACCUCUCUGGACAAAUCCAGUAGGACCUCUGCAGUGAGGCCAGUGUCAGCCAGCUUCUCAGGUGAUGGUGCAAGCCAUGUGGGGAGAGCCCCUUCCCUAGGACCUCACAAGGUGGAUCUCCUCCUGGAGGGGAAGCAGGGUGAGAAGCUACUGGAGAAGGAAGUGGAUCAUCUUUUUGGUUUGGAAACAGAGUUAAAGGGGAAGGAUGUGGUGAUGAGAGACCUACAGGAGAAGAUCGCAGCCAUGGAAAAGAAACUGGCCCAGGCAGCAGUGAGGAACGAGGCUGAGCUGACCCAGAAGCUGCUCACCUUCAACCAAGAGCUGGGAGCCCAAACAGAGGAGAUCAGAGCCCUGAGGGAGCAGAUCAAUGACUUGCAGAAAGACUCAAACCAAGUUUUCAGCCAUUCCCUCCAUGAGAGAGACCUGGAGAUCGGGAGGCUGCGGCGGGAAAGUGAGAAGUUGAAGAGAGACCAGGCUUUGACUGCAGGUCUGGUGAGCAACAUGCAAAGAGAACUCCUGCAAAAGGCACAGAAAAUCCAGCAGCUCCAGCAAGAGACUGAAAAACUGAGUAAGGAAAACCGAGAGAAGGACAAGCAGCUGGCUGAGGUUACAGCCAAGUGCUCGAGAAUUAUAGAAGAAACUAAGCAUGAACUCAGAGAGCAAGAACUAAUCUCCUGCAGAAAUCGCAUCAAGGAGCUGGAGCAGGACCUGGAGGGGCUGCAGGGGGAGAUCCAGAAGCAUGAGAGCAUCCAAAAGCAACUGGCUGAGAAAGCCAAGGCAGAGGAGGAGCUGAAGGCAGCAUGGUCCCAGCAGGCAAGGCAGCUGCGGGAGAUGGAGAGCAGGGAGCGCCUGCUGCGGUCUGACAUGCAGCAAGCUGGAGAGCAGCUGGAGUCUUUCAAGAGCCGAGUGAUGCAAGUCUGUUCUCCAUCAGCAGCUGGCAGCACAGGGAAACCUGUAACAGAGCAGCAGGUGAUAGAGAAGAUCAGGCAGAUCUCUGAUGAGAACCAACAAAGUCACGAGAGAGAGAAGAGUCUGCAGAGAGAAUUAAGCUCCAGGCUCGCAAAGGAGAUGGAGGUGUCUGCAAACAUCAAGGUGUUCAAGAAUUCCCUGCAGAAGCUCCAGGCUUGCCUGAGGAGCCCCUGCAGCAGCGCCAGCCUGCGAGGGGAGCUGGGGCAGCUGGAGCUGUUGUGCCUGGAUCCCUCUGUCUCAGCCAUCAGGACAGCAGUGGUGGACAUGGCACGUGGUCCCCUGUCCUGGCUGGAGGGUGCAGAGCAGCUCCUGAACAGCAUGGGGAUGGACCUGCACACCUCUGGCAAAGGGCUGUUGGCUGUUCUCGGGAGCUUGUUGGAAAAGAGUCAGGAGAUGGCACAGAGGAAUCAGAUAUUGCAGGAGCAAUUAGAGAAGCUCCAGGAGCUGCAGGCAGAGCUGCUGCAGGAGCACACAAAGGAGCUGGAAGCAAAACAUGAACAAGACUUACAGAUAAAAAUCCAGCAAAUCAUCCUGGAAAAGGACAAGGAGAGCAAACAGAUCCUGGAAAGCGCUGUCACUGAGGAGAAGGACAAAUGCAAGAAAUCUGUGGGGGAAGAACAGAGGAAGAUCCAAGAGCUGGAAAGCCACCUAAGAAACAUGGCUGAGGCAACAGCAAAGAAGGCAGAGGAGCAGGAACUGACAGAGGGAAAACUGAGAGAAGCUUUGCGUGAGCUGAAGAAAAUCACUGCACAAGAGGCUGUGUUACAGCAACAGGUGCUCCAGCAGAGCCAACAGCUCAGGGCUGUCCAGGAGGAAAAUGAGUUGCAGAGGCAGAAACUGCAAGAAGAAGUAGCAGGAUACAGGGAGCAAAGCAGGCAGCAUUCCCUGACCAUCUUGGCUUUAGAGGACAGGCUGCUAGAGGCCACUGAGCAGCAGAAGGUGCUGGAGGAGGAGAAGGCAGCACUUGUGGAAAAGACGGAAGGACUUCAGUGUCAUGCCCACAGCGCAGCAUCGGGAGCUUGGCUGGAGAUCUGUCCUGCCAUGGAGUCUCAUGUUUGUCUGAGGAAACUGCAGGAGGAGCUGGUAGUGGUGCAGGGCACUCUCCUGGAAAAGAAGGCAGUCAUCAGCAGGCUCAGCAGGGAGCUGUCAGAAACCAGAGCCAGGAUGUCAGACAUGAGAGGGGAGCUGAGUGAAGAGCAGAAGGUGGAGCUGGAGCACAGCCAGAGGCAGCUGAAACACCAGGAAUGGGAAGUGAACCAGCUCAGGGAGAAGCUAUCUGAGAUGUCCAACCUUGUGGAAGAAAAGGAUCAGGCCCUGAAAGCAGCAGCUGAAGAAUUAAGCCAAGCCCAAAGGCGCUGCCAGGUGCUGAGGGAUGCUUCCCAACAAACACUGGAGAACACAGGGGAUGCUCCGAGGACACCAGUGCAGGAGCCACCAUCAGAUUUGGCUGAGCUCGGUGCAAAAUGCCGAGGCCUCGGGCACGAGGAAACAAUCCAGCGCCAGAAAGAAGGUUUGGCCGAGCUCCGGGAGAGAGUAAAGAUGCUGGAGAAGAGGCAGUGCUCAGGUGCUGUAAAGAGCAAUUCAGAGCCACUGGUGGUCUGGAUGAAAGAUUUACCAGAGAAAAUAGUCCAACAAGGAGGUCUUGAGCUGAAACCUGCUCCUGUGUUGGGAGAAAAACUGAGGGCUGGCAAGGCUCCUGACCAUGUUCCUGAUGGGAGCUCACUCAGGAUAUCCAACAGCAGAGUGAGCUUGGAAAUGGCUGAAGCGACAGACUUGGGUGAGAAGAUGUACCUUGAUGUAAUCGGUGCUCUGGGAAGCCUGGUGGAGAUGAAGGAGCUGUCAGGAAUGCAGCCUCUGCAGCACCUUCCUCAGGAGAGAAGGGCAGAAGUGGGACUGCAGAGACAGAAGGCCCUGGAGCUGUUGUACAGAAAGAUCAGGAACCUCCAGGUUCGCCUGGAAAGGAAAGAAGAAGUGCUGAAAGCUUAUGAGGGAAGUGUGGAGCAGCUCAGGCAAAGCCAAGCUUCUCUGCAGAGGUGCCAGGAGGAGAUGUCCAACCUGGAAGAUGAAGCCCACAGGGAGGCAGAAGAGAAGGCUCUGCUGCAAGAGGCUCUGGAGAGGAUGCAGCACCAGCUGGACCAGGAGAAGAGGCUGCGUCAAGCGGCCAAACGGCACAAGCCUGGAGCCACAAAGAGUCCCUGCUCAGGCAAGCCGAAGGCCAAGGGGUGCAUGGCAGGUGCUGUCAAAUCGGGAAGCUCAUAGGAGCAGCACCACGGGGAUCUUCACUAGGUGGGGGUCUGCAGUAGGAACAGUCAUCGCUGUGGACUCUGUCAGGGUGGAGGUGGCAUGAGGUGAGGGUGUAUUUUGAGGAGCUCCAGUUUGUAUCCUGUAGCUCCUGGGCAUGCUGGUGUGACUGUACAAUGUAGGACCUGACUUUCCCACAGUCCAUGUCCCACAGAGUGUGGUGGGAUUUAUGACAGUGGAAAAGGUGGUGAGGGUAUAUGCAGUGUGUAUUUGUGUGUGUGAACACAGUCCAGUGACAUAUGAAGUCAGUUGUGGGGAGUGUGUCCUGUCCUUGCUGAAGUGGCCUCAAGCACAUGAAGCCAAUGUGGCUUGAAAUAUCCCUUGCAACUCCUGUGUCCUCCAGUCUCCAUCGUGUCACAGGGAAACUGGAACAUAAUUCUGAAUUCAGAAUUCUGGAGUUCCUGGAACACCCCAGGAAUGCUUCACCUGCCACCUGGGAAGAAGAGGACCUGUGUCAGCCACACCAGUACUGCAGCAGCAUGAGGACAAGCUCGGGAGAGUGACCCCACCAGUGGGGUGGGGUGAUGGCACAGGCUCAUUUACUGAUUCUGAUCCUUAGCAAAGGUGAGAGCAGACCCUGGAUUUUGGGGGACAGCAGUGUUUUGGGGGGCUGGAGUUGCCUGUUUCCCUACAGGCAAUAGGCAGCUCCAGCACAUCAUCCCUGCAGCUGCUCUGCCUCAGCACUGCUCGGAGCAGUCCAUGUGUCAAGUCCUCUACAGACCCCUUCAGCUAAGGAUGUGAGCAAAGCCCCAAUGCAGUUUCUUGGUCUUUAUUUUUUAAUAGGAUAAAAAAGGUCUGAAAGCAGAUGGCUGCAGCAGGCUGAUGCAGGGCUGUAUCAUCUCUGGGCAUGCAAAGCACCCACAUGUGCACAGUGGCCGAUCCCUAGUGGGGCUCUGGGCAUUGGUGUGGCCUGGUUUUCCUGCUCCUUGUGCUGGGAGAAGCUGGAUGCUUCCCUGUCUGAAUGCCUGGGUUUACUUUGGGACAAAGCAUGACCUUGUAUGCUUGAGUAGGUGCUGCAGGUGUACCUGGAGAUGUUGUGCUGCUCCAUGACUCUGUGUGUCUUCUCCAUGACACCCUUGGCAAACUCUGGGUCAGGAAUGAAUGGAGAUGGCAAGAGCACA